AUGAAAUUCGCAAAGGUUCUUCAGCAAACGCUUAUUGAGGAAGAUAUCCCGGAAGAGUGGGUGGAAGCUGCUAUUCAGUACAAGGUCCUUAAAAAGUGCAUUGGAAAAGUUGUGAAGGAGUUGGAGUUUUUAGGCUUGUCUAAAGCGGACCGUAAGUUGCUACUUCAAGAUAGCACUACUAGCAACACAGUUGAACUUGAUGAUGAUGAAACUCAACCGAACAAUCCUGUUGUGGCGAAGUACUUUUUGGCUAAGUCAAGAAGAUCGAACGAAGUGAUACCCUACUUAAAAAUUGCGAUUGAUGAAAGAGCACGAGAACAGCUCUCGCAUGAUAGAUUUCAAAGGUUAGCGCGACUCAUCAAGGAAAAGGUUGAGAAAGCUCUUGCUUCAGAUGAAGAGGGACAGAAAAUAGUGGAAGUCAAAGAACAAGAUGAUGAGUUGGUACUUUCCCCCACUACAUCCAAUACAGGUGAGGAGGUAGUUCAAGUCAACGAGAAUGAAAUCGUCAUUAUGUUGGGAUCCGAUUUGAAGUUUUUUGGGACUCUUAAUUCUGAGUUGGAAAAUCUAGAUCGUAUAACACAAGAAGAAGAGGUGCGGCUUGUUCAACAGAUAGACAAGAUCGCCGAUGAAGUUCUUCUCUUCACGACAAAAAAGUCUGACUUAUACAAUUGGAGAGAGCUAUUUAAGAUAUAUCUUGAUUCAGAGAUAUUUUUUCGCUACAAUGAGACCUCACUGAAGUCUCUGGAGCGCGGAGCUGAACAAAUCAGGGCCAAUUUGAAGACAUUUGCAAGCAGGAUAGAUCAGACACAAGUUCUUGAAAGAAUGCUGAAAAAGAAGUCUCUUGCCGCUUAUAGACAUUUUUAUGACCUAAACGAACGUCUUUUCAAAAUUCUUCAGUUUCAGUCUAUCAAUACUACCGCCUUACGAAAAAUUCUUAAAAAGUUCGACAAGCAAACCUCCCUCAAUGUUUCUGCCAGAUUCCCCGCUCUAAUUUCGCUGGAUCACAUUUUCAUGACUGGAUCAUCGAUAGCUCAAACAAUCUGUGGCAUAAUGCAAACUAAACUUCUCACUCUAGUGCCACAAAUAGAUGACUACAGUUGUCCAAUCUGCGUGGGUAUAGCAUACAAACCCAUCAGGCUCCUAUGCGGUCAUGUUUUCUGUGUUCGAUGCUUGGUCAAAAUGAAGCACAGAGGGAAAACGGACUGUCCCAUGUGUCGCUCUUCAAACGCCAUAGCACUUGCGGAUUCAUCAAAUUUAGAUGUCGAGGCCAUGCAGAUCAUUAAAAGAUCUUUUCCAAUCGAAGUUAAAGAGAAGCUAAAGGAAAGCGACAAGGAACGCUACAAGGAAGUAGUCAACAGCAAAGGUUGCGUUAUAGCUUAA